CAAAAAAUCAAAAAUUAUUAGAAGAAUUCCCAUCUCCCUCAGCAUUUCCUAGCAGCCCCCUCCAACAUGAGCUUCUUCAAAAUCCUCUCCUUUUCCUAUUUCAUACUUGAUAUUUUCUACUUCAGCCUCAGUUUCACCUCCAUCAAUGCAGCCAAAUUUGUAUUAGUAAACAAUUGCUCCUACACGGUUUGGGCAGCAGCGGUGCCUGGCGUGUCCAAGAAACUCGAGCCGAAAGAAACAUUGAGUUUCACACAGGAUUCUAGCUCUAAAGUUAAGGGCCGCAUAUGGGCCCGAACCAAUUGCGCCUUCAAUGGUACGGGAAACGGCAAGUGUGAGAGUGGAGACUGUAAUGGCCUACUUGAUUGUGUGUCAACUAGUGAACCUGAGGCCCCUGUCACCUUAGCAGAAUACAGAUUAGGCGCUGACGAAAAGAAGGAUAUCUUUUAUAUCUCUCUAGUUAAUGGGUUCAACGUUCCUAUGGAGUUUUCUGCCACUGGUGGAACAUCUAGUGAUUGCACUAAAAGGUUAAAGUGUACCGGUGAUAUCAACGGCAGAUGCCCAACUGAGCUGAGGGACCCUGGUGGCUGUAAUCAUCCUUGUACGGUUUUCGAAACCGACCAGUUUUGUUGUCUUGGGAAGACUUGUGGUGCUACUGAGUACUCCAAGUUUUUCAAGAAUUUGUGCUAUAAUGCUAACACUUAUGCCACGGAAAAUGUAACCAGCGAGUGCCCUACUGGCACUGACUAUAAAGUUGUGUUUUGCCCUCAAGAGCCCUUAAUCUCGACAGAAACAACUUUCCGUAUUAUAAAUAAAUGCCCGCACCCUGUGUGGGCCGCUUCCAUUCCUGGUGGUGGUAGGCAACUUGAUGAAAGUGAAACAUGGAACCUGAACGUGAAGUCUGGCACAAUCGCUGGCCGCAUCUGGGGUCGAACCAAUUGCCUGUUUGACGGUGAUGGGAGAGGCAAGUGUGAGACCGGUGACUGCGGCGGACUUCUCGAAUGUGAAGGCUAUGGUUCACCCCCUAACACUUUAGCCGAGUUUAGCAUAAACCAAUACAACAGCCUUGAUUUUAUAGAUAUGUCUAUUAUUGGUGGGUUUAAUGUUCCGAUGGAGUUUAGCUCGGACUCAGGUGACUGCAGCCGAGUCAUUCAAUGCACAGCCGAUAUUAUUGGUCAGUGCCCGAAUGAGUUGCAGGUGCCUGGCGGAUGUAACGGGCCAUGUCCUGUAUUCAAGACACAGGAACAUUGUUGCACUUCCGGCAAGUGUGGACCUACAAAUUACUCCCAGUUUUUCAAGGAGAGGUGCCCAGAUGUUUACAGUUACCCUAUGGAUGAUGCAACGAGCAUAUUUACUUGCCCCGCAGGGACUAACUAUAAGGUUGUGUUUUGCCCUUGAAGCAUCCUCAUUUGUCAAGACCUUAAUUACUGUCUGAAUUUUAUUUUAAGAUCUCUAUAUUAUAUCCAUCUGGGCAUCCGCAUUUGUUUCUUAAAUUCUUCACUGAGGAAAAAGACAUUGGUUGUAAUUUGGUGCUACUACGUCUCUUUUGUUACUUGGGCAAUCUUAGGAUUAAGAUACUCGCAUAUUGUCAAGAUUUCUGUGUUUUUUUUUUUUUUUUUUUUUCUUUCUUUAAAUCACAUAGGACAAAAUGGAAAACCCUCAAUGAUUAGUGAAUUGCUGGCCUAACUCGGCACUUGA